AUGAAUCACAUGGAUUUUUGCUGUUAUUUUAAAUAUAAUAACUAAUUUAAAAUAAAUGUUUAUUUCUAAAAAAGUAUCAAUAUUGCACUAUUCAGUUUCAAAAUUUUAUAAUGGCUAAUACAUGUUUUCAAGAAUCACUAUUGUCUAUUGUCUAAAAAUUUUGAAAGAUUCGUACUUAGUAAAAUUCUUGGUUUAAUUAAAAAUAAUAAAUCAAUUGUUAUGAAUGACACUUUGGGUAUAAUGAAUAACAGGUUUCAUAAGAAGGCAAUAUAAAGUCGAAAGAGAAAUACAUCAGUAGAUACAAAUACUAUCAUUCAAAAAUAAAAAGGAAACAAAAAAAAUGAGUACUAUGAAAGAUGGUUAACUAAUUAUAAGAAACCCCAAUCAAGGUUGGAUUCUGAAUCAAAUCUAGAUAAUCAAACACCACAAACACCUAAGGCUUAGAUUCCAAUUCAAUUUGAGCCUAAAUUAAUUAGGGACGUAGUCUAGAAAUUCUAUCCUGAUAAAUAUUGA